AGAGGGAGACACGGACUGGCUCGAGUCCGGGUGCUGUCUGCGUUCAGACGGACGCAGGAGACCACCUUUGGUAUUCACGUCUCCGUAAAGCGAGGACAAGACAGAAGAAAUAAGAACCAGGAAGCACCCCGGGAAAAAAACAACUAUACGGAGACAUCAUCCGGACACGAAGCUAAGAAGGGGACCCCCCCCCCCCCCUCCUCGCGACAUCUCUUCUUUCUAUCGCCUGCGCACCCCCUCCCACCUCCGGGAGGACGACCACCCAUAGAAAACCCCACUUGACCAGCUUUGCCAAUAAGGGAUGAACCUUGAUUUUCAGAAGAAAUCGACAUAUAUAUAUUUUUAGUCUUGUAUCGCAGCGCUGACUCAACCUAUCAAAAUUACGGACACUAUUUCAAGUGUUGACACAAUUAGGCUAACGGGUUUCUAGUCUAAUCUCAUUCUUUGGAACUAACAUCAACUCGAGUGUUUGUCUGUUUCGUUAAUUCUUUGCCGUUUGAUCUCGGUAGUUUCUCAUUUUUUCCCCCCAAGUUUCUUACCUUCGUAAUAGUUUCUCUCUUUUUUGUCACACCGCUCAAUUUCACACGACAAUGGUCUGACAGUCGACCGCUACAGACAGUGUUAGAUUUCCAAGCUCUUGGUGACUGUCGCAUAUUCUCUUGCGCGGAACAGCUUGCGGGCCUGUAGUCAAACGACGCUUUUGCUAAAAGAAAGGGAUUUGAACAAACACUCUGAGCGGAAAGUUUCAGGUGAAGAGGAGUGCUUCAAGUCGGAGCUAACUCGGCCAUAUCCACGGGAUUUUGUCAGAGUUGGAGGCCCUGGGCUGCAGCCAUGCUCUCCUUGGAUGAGCCACUAGACCUGAAGCUGCCCCGGGGGCGUGUCAAUGGGUGGGACAGAGGCUCCAGGACACCGCCCUCUCUCACCUCUUCUCCAAUCCACGCCAAGAGGGCUGGGCAGCUGCGGAUGGCCGACGACGGCACAGCAGUCAUUGUUCCUGCUUCCCCUGCCUCCCCCCACACAGGUGUUCCCAUGGUGCCCCAGGAGAAGCCUGAACCUCCUACACCCCCUGCGGUGGACCUCAGCCUGUCUCCGUCCUUACGCCACACAGCCUGCUCUCCUGAGCUCACCAAUGGGAACGGCUCCUCACACAUCUUCCCUGGGGACUCAGCUCACAUCCGUUAUGUUGAGGGAGGAGCCUCCUCUCAAGCCUUCCAGUUCUUUGUGCCAAUUGGGGGAGGGGGAGGACUCCACCUGCCAUCCUCCAUGUUCAUUGGCCAGCCCAAGGACAAGCGCGCCUCUCCUGAUCUUUCAGCGGACGAACAGCUGUCCUGCCGCUGGCGGAAGUGCCACUUGCUUUUUGACUCUUUGCAAGACCUAGUGGACCAUGUAAAUGACUUCCAUGUCAAGCCUGAAAAGGAUUCUGGGUAUUGCUGCCAUUGGGAGGGCUGUGCACGGAAAGGGCGUGGCUUCAAUGCCAGGUACAAGAUGCUGAUCCAUAUCCGCACACACACCAACGAGAAGCCCCACCGCUGUCCCACCUGCAACAAGAGCUUUUCCCGCCUGGAGAACCUCAAGAUCCACAACCGUUCACACACAGGGGAGAAGCCCUACAUUUGUCCAUACGAAGGCUGCAACAAGCGCUACUCUAACUCCAGCGACCGCUUCAAGCACACGCGCACGCACUACGUGGACAAGCCCUACUACUGCAAGAUGGUGGGCUGUCUGAAGCGCUACACGGACCCCAGCUCUCUGCGCAAGCACAUUAAAGCGCACGGGCACUUUGUAGCCCACGAGCAGCCGGGUCCUGGAGGGGUGGGCUCCCUGCUCAAGUCGGCCCAGGUGUCAGGGCCAGGGAAGGAGGCCGAGCUGGCGUACGUAAGCGGGGCCCACAUCAUCAUCCCGGGGGCGGCAGCCGCUCUUCUGGGCGGUCGAGGCCUGCGGGGCUUGGGGGCAUCCCUGCCCCUGUCGCCCCUGUCACCUCUGAGCCCCCGGCCUCUGGACCUGAGCACGCUGGGAAGUCCCAGCUCCCCUCCGGCCGGCCUCGCGGGGACUCCCAUCCUCUCCUUCAAUGGCUCGCCGCUCGGCCUGGCCAAGUCACCCCUGCUGUCUCCUGCCUACUCGUCCUCGGCCCUGGGCCUGCCCAUGGUCCCUGUGCUGGGCUCAGACCGCAGGGGACAUGGCAAGGGUAAAGGCAGGCGGGAGGAGAGCGAGGACGACAGCCCCGGGGCCGUGCUCAACCUCUCCACAGGGGUGGCCCAUGACCCCCUAUCCUGGGUAGUCAUCCCCUCUGGGCCCGUGGUGCUAAAGCCAGCUGUGGUCAACUGAUCCCUGCAUUCGAAGGGGAAGAGGAGGGAGUGUGGUCUCAGAGGUGAAGGGCAGGCCCCUGGGGGCGGGAGGGACGUGGGAGGCAUUUUCCACAAAUCAAAAGCAGUCAGCACUACUCUGCGCAGCAUUUCACUUUUGUACCUUUGUUUUCCAACUGGACAUUUAUCAGUUCCAUUGGGACCAACAACCAAACAGAAAUAGGCAUUUAAAAAGAAGAUAAUCCGAAAUAUUAAUGUAAAAAUGUAAUCGGAAAGGUUGGAACAGGAAAAGCCUCAGUGCUGACCACUGGUCUGUAUUUGCUCCUUGCUUUCACUCAUGAACAUUGGUUUCUGUGUAUUUAUAUGUAACAAGCAUUUCUGGACGCCAGUGUAGACAACACACCGAGGAUGCCAUUUUCUGUUAUGACUUGUAAGUUGACAGCACUCUUUUGUGUUUGAAUCCUGAAGUUCCUUUGAGAGCUCCAUAACGACAAUUGUAAUAAUAUAUGGACAAGCUAGAAAUCUUUAAGCAGGCAAUGUCAGACAGUUUUGGGAGGGGUGCUUUGGUCGUGGGUUACUUAGAGUUUAUUUCUUUCAGAGGACAAUCAGUGUCUGUCUUAGCCUGCCAGACAGCAGGGCUGUGCUAGUUGUUCACCGACAAAACUCUGUCACCCACAGCUGUACACGAGGAGAUUUAGUGAGAAGAUAUGUCCCUGCAUCACUCGUUGUAUGGAACCUAUAUAGAAACCUUGCCAUUGCUGCUAAACUAUCCAGCUAACUGCUACUCAAGUCUAUUACUUUAAAAUGAAACUAAGGUUGGAUAAAUGUAUAAAUGACAAUCUGUCCUCUUAGAGGGAAGAAAUAGUAUAACGACCAGCACUAUUUACACAAGGGCACGUUUAAGCCCUUAAAUUAGGCAGUAAGACACAAGACUCAGCAAAAGAGUUUUAAGCAGACAAAGAUUCUACAUCUCACCAUCACAUUCGCACCUCGACUGUGGCACUUCUGCAACUAGUACCAUCUGCUGGACAUUUGUGUUAGUGCAACUCACUCGCUGAACCCGGGUCUUUGAACGUCUGCGCUAACUAUGUUAGAACAGCGUUUUCAAAAGAAAGACCUUUAAUUGACACAGCACAGCAUCCUUAAGGUGAAAGUGACCCUCUUCAGACACAGAGAUGGAAAACAUGCACCCAGUGCAUUAUGUAAAUACGCAUAUGGACAGACUGACAUGGACAGGCACACACAAUGUGCACAUAACAAAAAUCAUCCAUAUCAAGACAAAUACACUGUGCCAAAAAUCCGCUUAAAUGAUUAAAACACAGGUAGUUAUCUCAAAAAUGACAUUCCUCUUCUACAACACAGUCAGUAUUUUGUUUACACAUACUUAAAUCCAAGUGUAAGAGCGCUUUCAGAAAGACAUUGUUUCAGUUUAGACAAACCUUUCUCACAUUAUGCUACAUGGUUUCUUCACCUGAAACUAUAUGUCUAAUAGUCUCCUCAGGAUGAGUAUUGCCUUUUUAUGACAGGCUUUUAGAACAUUCCUCAAAACCUUCAGUGGCCUGUAAGGCUUCCAACAUCAGCUCUCUUAGUGAGAAAUGGACAACUGUUACAUUAGAAAACAUUCCAACUGAAAACUUAGAAUUAAGUUUUUUUCCUGUACUUCUCCUCUCAACUUUUCCCCUUCAGAGUCUUAUAAUUCCUCGAUGGUUUCAUUAUGUUUGAGACAACUAUACAGUUAUUGCUGUUUGUUAUAUUGCUUGGACGAGACAUUUCCUGAUGUUGACAUUGCUUUAUCUCCCUGUCUCUGCUAUUGCUGCUCUGCAUUCUGCUUUCUCCCCAGAGGAGUAAGGGCGGAGGAAGGGGGUGGAGGUGGAGAAAUGGACGUCUGCCCAUCCUAGGCCACAUAAAAGUGGAGAAGAGAAGCUUUUCUCGAACAACCUAAUUCCCCAUUGACAAUCACACCAUGAAGGUUCAGGUCAUGAGAGUUCAUGUGAGGGGGCUAGUGGCUCAGAUGGCCAGCUGGCUGGAGCAGAUGGUCAACGCAGAGACGGGCAUCUCUAAGGGUCAGUGCCCAGCGGUUGUGGGUAGUAAAUCAGACCCGUUUGUUUUUUAAAAAAAAUCCAGAGAUCUAGAUUAUGUUUCUAGUAGGAACUGCAACAGUUCCUUCCCUUCAUGCCUUGACCUCCAGCCAUGCAGUCACAUUAAUCAGUGUCCCGCACAAACCCAGCAAAAUGCUAAUCAUGACCAAUUGGCCCUUGUGCUCCUAAAACCAGGGCUCAGACACAUGGGGCCAAAUCAUGCAGCUGCACCAAUAUCUGAAAUAUGAUGUAUGCUAGCUGCUAGGGUCCCUGUAUACGCCGAGGUGGACAGCGCUGCACUGAAGGCCACUUGUAAAAGAAUUAAUUAAAUAAAUAAAAGAAAAAAGAUGCCAACAGUGAAAGUAGGUCUUCUCAUUCCCUCUCAGCCAAUCUUUUUUUUUUUCCAGAUUAAAUUUAAAAAAUCUUAACCAACUGCCCCAAACUAAGCCUUAUACAAGACAGAGGACAUACACACGGUCCUUUUAGGGUGUUGCUGAGGGGAGCAGGUAUGUUCAGGAGCCUGCUGCAUUCAUGGUGUGCUCACGUUGCAAAAUAUGGUUGAUUGGGCUGUUUUUUUCUACAGUGUUCUUCAAGUCCCUCAAAUUUCAGUUCUCUCCACCACCAUCCUCUCCAUGUCCCCUGGUGGCUGGUUCUUGCUGGCUGUUUGAGAAAGCUGAAAAUGACACAGACCCUUCACGGUCUACAUCUUCAAAUAUCAAAUAAGCUGUUUGACCCAUUAACCCUUUGAGCACUCUGGAGAAGCCUGCUUGGUUCAGGGCUGUCUGAACAUGUAGGGGGGAAGCAAAAUCCCAGCAGGGGACCCACAAUAACUGAUCACAUAUAUGAUUGUUAGUGUAUGCGAAACAUGAGCAAUAACUGAAAUGGCUGGGACAGAGUCACAGUUUAGCAGUGAUUAUUUAAAUGUAUAUUUGACACAGUAAUCGCCUCUUAAGCCCUUCUGAAUUUGACAUUAAAAAGAGGCAGUAGAUAUACGGUACAAAUACCACAAUUUCCCUAUAGAGUUUAUCAACUACAGACUCAGAGAAGUGAGACAGUAAGUUAGACUGGCUUGUCCCGCUUUCACAGAGACCAAAAUCAAAAAACAAACAAAAAAAACUUAUAAGUGCCACAGUGGUGCACAAAGGGUUAAUGCAAGACUAUGGCCAGGAAAGGCCAAUAACCUGUUUCUUUUCUUUUUGCACAUUAAAAUAUUUUAAUAUCAGUAUUUUCAUUUUUUUCCAAGUGCCUUUUAUUAUAGGUGAAAUGUAGAAGUACAAAUACAGUAUAUGAAAAAUAUAUAUAAAUAAAUAUAUAUAUAAAUAUAUAUAUAUAUUUUCCCGGCAUCAUGUUCUGAAGCCGAACAGGCAGAAUUUUAGAGCUGUAACAGUCUCCAGUUGGUACAACAUAGGUGUGUGCUCCUGUUUUAGAGGAAUUUUAAUACGAUAUUGAUAAUGAUGUCAAUGAAAAAAAAACAAAUGUUUAAUAAAGUCACAUUUGAUAUA